ACUGCCAUUGCCGCCAUGUUUAUCCUGGCUUAUAUCUUCAUAUUUCUCAUGUGCAUGAUUGGCAACAUGUCGGUUUGUUUUAUUGUGCUGAGGAACAGACAGAUGCGGACUGUGACCAACAUAUUCAUUCUAAAUUUGGCAAUCAGCGACCUUCUAGUUGGGAUAUUUUGCAUGCCAACCACAUUGGUAGACAACCUCAUCACAGGUUGGCCGUUUGAUAACGUCAUGUGCAAAAUGAGUGGUCUGGUGCAAGGGAUGUCUGUAUCGGCUUCGGUUUUCACCUUAGUGGCUAUCGCCGUCGAGAGGUUCCGGUGCAUCGUUUACCCUUUCAGACAGAAGCUAACACUAAAAAAAGCUAUUGUGACCAUCAUUGUGAUCUGGGUGCUGGCUCUUAUCAUCAUGUGCCCCUCUGCAGUGACUAUGACAGUGACUAAGGAUGACUACCAUUUCAUGGUGGAUGAUUAUAACAACUAUUAUCCACUCUACUCAUGCUGGGAGGCCUGGCCUGACAAGGAAAUGCGUAAGAUCUACACCACAGUGCUUUUUUCGCACAUUUAUCUGGCCCCUCUCACCCUUAUUGUAAUCAUGUACGCUCGGAUUGCCUUCAAACUCUUUAAAUCAUCAGCCCCCAUCAGAAGAUCCAUGUCAGAGGAGAAUGAGGGUCGUCGUGUAUCAAAGAGAAAAGUCAAAGUGAUUAACAUGCUGAUUAUCGUUGCACUUUUCUUUACUCUAUCUUGGUUGCCCCUCUGGACUCUAAUGCUUCUCACAGAGUAUGGAAAACUUAGCGAUCACCAGCUUAACCUAAUAGGAGUUUACAUAUUCCCAUUUGCGCACUGGCUGGCCUUCUUUAACAGUAGCGUCAACCCAAUUAUUUAUGGGUACUUCAAUGAAAACUUCCGUAGAGGCUUUCAAGAGGCCUUCAGCAUCCAGUUCUUCUCAAUGAAAAGUGAGCACAAGGAAACAUAUUCAGAAAGAAAGAACAGUGGCUUUUUGUUUGGUGUGCGCAACAGGAUUUUUGUAGAAGUCCAGCCAAGCGAAUCAGCUCAAGCUUCAGAUUCUUGUAACAGUACUACGGGAAAAGGGGGUUUGUUCUCUUUACGGAGUGGGAGGAUCGCUCAUCAUGGGUUGGUGGUUGAGAAUUUAGACAAUAAAGGCUCCAGCAACACCGUCAGUAUUCCAGCGUGGGAGAUAUAGGACAACUGACCCACUGUUUUUUGACAUCUGAAUGUUUUUAGGGAUUAUGGAGAAUGUUCAGAACCACCAAGUUCUCUAGAUGUAGAGAAUUGAGUAUCUGGUAUGGGUUGCUCCUGCUAUUGUAUUAAUCAGAGUUAUUAUCUGCUAAUAAGUAUUGGUGAGAUUUGCACAAGCAAAUGAAUGCAAAGACAUUAUGAAUGUAAUUACAAAACUAUUAUUUAUUUCAUUUUGAUUCAGGAACAGUAAAACUACAUCGAGAAUACAAUAUUAAAGGGACAUUAAACUCAAUUUCAAUCAUGUGUACAAAAGUUUAGUAAUGGUACAUGUUAAAGUAUUUAUUUGCAUGAAAUGGGUUCCAUUAAAGAUGUUUAAAAAAGUUA